GCAGAUCCUUGGGUUUUCGUUUCAGAUAGCAUUGUUCAUCAUCAAAUCUGAUCGAUGUGACACAAAAUGAAAAGCCCUAGCCUACGCUAGCAAUCAUUCAAAUCUCGACUGGCGCACCUGAACUUCAAACGAGGGCGGUUUCUGCAAUCUCGACUAUAGCAGAAUAGUAUGGAAGAUUACGCCGAAGAGUUCCGCACUCCACCAGUCACUCUGAUUUCUUUGGUAGGAUGUCCGGAGCUCCAUCCAACAAUCUCAACUUAUCUUCACUCAGAGCAGCCCCCUAUCAAUACUCUGGCGUUGCCGGAUUUCUCGAAGAUCUCGGUAUUGGGGAGGACGCAUAAGGAAACUGCAGAUUCUGGUCAGCCCGGUGGGAUUUUGAAGAGAGAUUGGUUAUUGAAGCAUCGAAUCAAGGUUCCAGCGGUUGUUGCUACUUUGUUUAGUUCCGAUCAGGUCGCUGGCGAUCCUGCACAGUGGCUACAGGUCUGCACCGAUCUUGAAAACCUAAAAAUUGUGCUUCGUGGAAGGAACAUUAAAUUGGUUGUGGUGGUUGUUCAGUCAACUGAUAAGGAUGAAGUCACUGAAGACCGUAUGAUUGCCCUGCGAAAGCGUGCUGAAGUUGAUUCCAAGUAUCAUCUUAUCUUCAUCCAGAAUGAUGCAUCAGAACUAAAACAAUCACUUAAAAGGUUGGGCAGCGCACUUGCUGAACUAGCAAAUAUAUAUUACAGGGAUGAAGGUCGAAGGAUUAAAACUCGUAUUGAGAAGAAGAACUUCAACUUUAUUGAGUUGAAUAUCCGCUAUUGCUUUAAGGUUGCUGUAUAUGCAGAAUUUCGGAGAGACUGGGUUGAAGCUUUGAGGUUUUAUGAAGAUGCAUACCGUGCUCUACGUGAGAUGGUUGGGACAUCAACAAGGUUGCCAGCAAUUCAACGCCUGGUCGAGAUAAAAACAGUUGUAGAGCUAUUGCACUUUAAGAUAUCAACCUUGUUGUUGCAUGGUGGGAAGGUCAUAGAAGCAGUUAUGUGGUUCCGACAACACAUUGCAUCUUAUAAAACUCUUGUGGGAGCACCAGAAGUUGUUUUCCUUCACUGGGACUGGAUGAGCCGGCAGUAUUUGGUCUUUGCUGAGUUACUGGAGACAAGUGCUGCAACCAUCCCAGGCAAUGCUUCUCUUAUCUUAGGCACAUCAGAGAAACCUUCGACUGAGUGGGAAUUCCACCCAGCUUACUAUUAUGAGUUAGCAGCUCACUAUAUGAGGGAGAAGAGAUGUUGCUUGGAAGUUGCUUUGUCUGCAUCAGAAACCUCAAAAAGGAUUGAGAGUAGCUCUGAAUCUGUGAUACAAUCAGUUUUUGUGGGCCAAUUUGCUAGGCUACUGGAGCAAGGGGAAGCAUUUGUGAUGCAAAUCCUUACUGAUGCAGAGUACGUUCAGUAUGCUCUUGCAGAAGGGAAGAGGUUUCAGGAUUCUUAUGAAAUUAUUGCUCUGCUCAAGAAGUCUUUUGAAUCAUAUGAUAACCUUAAUGCCCGAAGGAUGGCCUCUUACUGCGGGAAUCAGAUGGCCAGAGAAUACUUUACUCUUGGUGAAUUUGGUAAUGCAAAGAACCUUUUUGAUGGCGUUGUUAGUCUGUACAGGCAGGAGGGUUGGAUUACAUUGCUUUGGGAAGUCUUGGGUUACUUGCGUGAGUGCUCCAGGAGACUAGGUUCAGUAAAAGAUUUCAUUGAGUUCUCUCUUGAAAUGGCUGCUUUGCCUAUAUCAUCUGCUGCUGAGUCCUCCAGGUGUAAAGGAGAAUAUGGGCCAGCUGGGCCCCCUGCUUUUCCUCAGAGAGAGAUGAUACACAGAGAAGUUUUUGGGCUCGUGAAAGGGGAACCCAUUUCGACAUCAGAGGAAGGCAAUUGUAUCCUUGCCAUAACCAAUGAUGAACCCCUCCAUCUGGAGAUUGAUCUCAUCAGCCCUUUAAGGGUAGUACUUCUUGCUUCAGUAGCUUUCCAUGAGCAGGUGGUUAAACCUGGUGCAUCUAUCUCACUUACACUGUCACUUUUAUCACAAUUGCCCCAUUCUGUUGAGAUUGAUCAGUUAGAAAUCCAAUUCAAUCAGUCAGAAUGUAAUUUCACCAUUGCCAGUGCUUCCAAAGAAACCGAGGUAGCAAGUUCUGUUGGGGAGACAGUUACUCGCUUAAAGACUGCACCAAAUCUAAGUCUGGUUACAAACAAAUGGCUACGGUUGACAUUUGACGUCAUAUCAGAACAAAGCGGGAAGCUUGAAUGCCUCUCAGUGAUUGCAAAAUUGGGACCCCACUUGACAAUCUGUUGUCGAGCCGAGAGCCCUGCUUCAAUGGAUGAUUUGCCACUUUGGAAGUUUGAGGAUCUUGUACAGACCUUUCCAACAAAGGAUCCUGCCCUUGCAUUCUCUGGGCAGAAGGUUGUACAAGUUGAAGAGCCAGACCCACAAGUUGAUCUUGUUCUAGGUGCUACCGGCCCUGCAUUAGUUGGGGAACGCUUUUUGGUUCCUGUGACUGUGACCUCCAAGGGCCAUGCCAUCUAUUCUGGUGAGUUAAAGAUUAAUCUGGUGGAUGCUAGUGGAGGUGGUUUGGUUAGUCCAAGGGAAACAGAACCAUUUUCAAUGGACAGUCACCAUGUUGAGCUCCUUGGCAUCUCUGAACCAGAUGGCGAAGGUGAAUCUCAAGCAGGUAUGGAUAAUAUCAAGAAGGUCCAGCAGUCUUUUGGAUUGUUACCCAUUCCUUUCAUACAACUGGGAGACUCCUGGUGUUGCAAACUAGAAAUCAAAUGGAACAGACCCAAACCUAUCAUGCUCUAUGUUUCACUGGGUUACCUCCCAAAUAGUGAAGCUGGGGCACAGAAAGUUCAUGUGCACAAAAGCAUUCAAAUUGAAGGGAAAACUGCUGUAGUGAUGGGCCAUCGUUUUAUGCUGCCAUACAGGCGGCACCCGUUGUUGCUCUCAAAGAUCAAGUUAGCACCUGAUUCUGAUCAUUCACAAUCACUGGCUCUGAAUGAAACCAGUAUUCUCAUUGUCAGUGCUAAGAAUUGCAGUGAUGUUACUUUGCAAUUGAUGUCCAUGUCCAUUGAAAUGGACGAUGAUGAGAUUGGACGCUCAUGCACAGUGCAGCAGGGAGGUGAUAUUCCACUGGAUAAUGCAUUUCUUGUGCCAGGGGAAGAGUUCAGACAAGUUUUCUCCGUCAUACCUGAGUUAAAUUUUCCAACACUUGCCAUGGGUACAGUGUCUCUGAGAUGGAGUAGGAAGUUUGGGUUUGAAGAGCAAUCUCGUUCCAGUGUUACAGCAACUGAGGUUUUAACCAGACACAGGCUCCCUGAUGUAAAUGUGGAGAUGGUGCCUUUAAUUGUGAGCUUGGAAUGCCCUCCCCAGGCCAUCCUUGGAUCUCCCUUCACAUGCUAUGUGAGAAUUCGGAACCAGACAGAGUUGCUUCAAGAGGUCAAAUACUCACUGGCGGACUCUCAGAGCUUUGUGUUGUCUGGGUUUCACAAUGACACAAUUUUUGUUCUGCCCAAGUCUGAGCAUAUUCUUGGUUACAAGGUUGUGCCCUUGGUAUCUGGUUCGCAACAGCUACCCCGGGUUACAGUAACCUCAGUGAGAUACUCCGCUGAACUUCAACCAUCGUUCUCUGCGUCCACCAUUUUUGUCUUCCCCUGCAAGCCUCAAUUUAUGAUGGAUGAUGUGGGGUCAAAGUCACUAGAACCCAUUGCUACUUGAGUAAAGUCUGCAUUACAUACCCAACAAUUGAAAACCCUUUCUUUAAAUCUUUAAUUGCGAAUGCAACACUUCAAAAAUUGUUUGCUGAAUUCAAGGAUCUCAUCUUCAACGGCUGGUCAGCUGUUUG